GGAAGGUUAGUGUAAGUGUUUACUUCAGUGUAGCCCUUUCGAGACUGAGGGAGCUUUGGUGCUGGUAGUCAAGCGGUUCUCGUCUGCAGUUGAAGUCUUCCCCGUUCAUUCCUUUUUGCUUUUGAUAUUCCUUUUAUUUUGUAGUUAUUUGUAAGGACCACAUUUUAAAUACAAAAUAGCCAUGGACAGCAUCAAGAAGAAGAUGAUCGCCAUGAAAAUGGAGAAGGAGAAUGCCCAAGACAGGGCUGAACAGCUGGAGCAACAGCUAAGGGAUACAGAAGAGCAGAAAGCGAAGAUAGAGGAAGAUCUCACAUCACUGCAGAAAAAGCACUCCAACUUAGAGAACGAGUUCGACAUCGUCAACGAAAAGUACCAGGAAUGCCAGGCCAAGUACGAGGAGGCAGAGAAAAAGGCUUCCGAGUCAGAACAAGAGAUCCAGAGUUUGAACCGAAGGAUCCAGCUCCUGGAAGAAGACAUGGAGCGAUCCGAGGAGAGGCUCCAGACCGCUACAGAAAAGUUGGAGGAAGCUUCCAAAGCCGCAGACGAGAGCGAAAGAGGUCGCAGGACCCUAGAGAGCAGAAGCAGGACAGAUGAAAAUAGAAUGGAUGACAUGGAAAGCAAAUUGCGACAACUCACAGAGGUCGCCGAGCAGGCUGAGAGCCGAUAUACAGAGGCUGCACGAAAAUUAUGUGUACUUGAAGGAGAAUUAGAAAGAGCAGAGGAACGUUAUGAAUUAGCAGAAAGCAAAGUUAAGACUUUAGACGAUGAAUUGCAUGCAGCCACUAAUAGCCUUAAAGCUUUAGAAAUUUCUGAUGAAAAGGCUUCACAAAGAGAAGACAGCUAUGAAGAAACCAUUAGAGAUCUUACUCAGAGGUUGAAGGAUGCUGAGAACCGUGCCACUGAAGCUGAACGAACCGUAUCCAAACUUCAGAAGGAGGUCGACAGACUUGAAGAUGAACUGCUUGCAGAAAAAGAGAGAUACAAGGCCAUCAGUGACGAGUUGGAUCAGACCUUCGCCGAGCUCGCAGGAUAUUAAUUUUUCCUCUCUUCCCUCACCUCUGUCACAAGGCCAACACACGAGAUGGAAAGACUUUUUUCAUGGCUGGCACACGGUCACUGUUGUAAAUGAACAUUUAUUAUAUUUCAUCUGUAUAAUGGUGUUAGAGAUUUAUUUAAAAUGUGGACGGAGAUUUUUCUUUAUGACUGAUCAAAUGUAUUUCAUGAAGUGUUCUCGUGAACAAACUUUCUAAAUUAAAAAAAAAAACAUUAUAAAACUACUGAGGGUGGACUUAGAUCUUUCUUUUUUAUCAUCAACUCUUGUUUCUAUAUGUUGUAUGUUUCAAAUGAUAGGUAUGUUAAAAACAAACUAGGUUACUAAAUCAGAUAAUAUAUAUUUAUAUAUGUUUAUAUGUGAUACAUAUUUAUAUUGUUCUGUAUAUAGAACGAUUCAUUUUUUCGAAUCUGCAUUGAACUGCCAGACUUAGGGUUGCCAGACUUCGGGCCAUUUCUCUCCAGUGCUCUAGUAACCUGGUUUUGUUUUAACAUUUGGCUGUGGGGAAUUUUGUUUGGUCAGUGGUGGAAAUUUUGGGGCCAUCCGAAUGGCAACUUUUAUAUGGUGACUUCCAAAUGCAUAUCGAGCCAAAUUCAGGGGAAUGCAUUAAAUUUGAUGUUAAAUAAAUAAGACUUCCCAUCCACUAUAGACAUGGCAAUAUCCAGCUUUAAUUCAUUUCUGUCGGCCAUUUUGAUGCUAAAAUUUCCACACCUGUCUACGAUUUACGACUGUAUAUAUAAUCCUUGUACACUAUGUAAACAUUAUGUAUGCCAGUGAAGGUUUACCAUGUACAAGGAAACAUCAUAUUUCCAAUUAUAGAUGUAUGUGACAAAAUUUUGUCAGUUCCUUAAUUUCUAUCUUCUAUAAAUUUUAUAUGAAAUUUGUUUAUCUUUUUAUCGUAUUACACAGUUGUCAUAUUUUUACUAGACAAGCAAUAGGACUCUGUAGAAUGUACUAAUAUCUUGAAUUUUGUUUACCAGUAGACAGGGGAGGCCACUCUCCGCUGGUCACGUGAUAUUCGCUUUCUCUACUGCUUGAGUCUUUUGUCCCUGGAUAUUGCCUUAACCGAAAUAAACUGUACUUGCUUACCUGA